UGUCAAUUAACUGCAUGCAGUCCGGAGGAGGUGGCCGAGUUAGUAAGAGUGGUUUGGCUUGAUAUAUCCGGAAAAGUCGACGUAAAAAGUUUGCGUUUGAAGACGAGUUAUUCCGCGUAUUUGCUCUACAAAGUGAAAGAUCUCUCUGAAGAACUGGAAACGUCGACCGCAGCGGUGAGAUUCACCAAGGAGGUGUACGACGAAAUUAGUGACGAAGGAUAUACCGUUUUCCUCGACACAAAGUCGUCACUUCAAGAAAACGGUCGAUUCCCUCACCUCCGCAGCGACGGGUGGAUGGAGAUCAAGUUAGGUGAAUUCUUCAAUAACUUGGGCGAUGAUGGUGAAGUGGAGAUGAAGCUGUUCAACAAAAAAGAUAAUUUUAAUUAUAAAUCUGGUUUGACUGUCCGAGGAAUUGAUAUUCGUCCUAACUGAUAAUCAAGGGGACUAAUUUGUAAUAAUUGGACAACUUCAUCUUGAUUUUUUUUUUUAAUAAAUUAAAUUGUUCAAUUGUA